CCGUCUCCGUCUUUUUCUCUAUUAGACUUCCCGUCUGCUCUGCAGCGGUUUUCGCCUCGAGUCUUCCUGGUCCGUCGUCUUGUCACCAGCUUCUGCGACCAAGCUUCGUGCCUUUUCCGCCUCCCCGAACUCUUUCGUGGUUUAUUCCCGACUCGCGCGGCCCGUGGUCAUUCACCCCCGCGCUCUCUUCCUGCGAACGAAGCUGCACCACUCGACGACGAAAUAUCCUGCCGCAUAGGACCCUUUCGUUGCGAGAUUUGAGAAAUCUUCGAACCGACACCGUCCCGGUUUUUCCCACUCGAAUCCAAAAUUCUACAACAUGUCCUACUACGACAACCCGCAGUGGUCGGCUUCGACCCAGAACAACUGGGAGCACCAGGGCUCGACUACUCCCGUUCGUGCAGGCGCCAGUGGACCUCAGCCCCAGGACGACUACGCCUUUUCGUAUCAGUUCGACGAGGUCGACCGAGCUUAUGAAAACUUGCAAAAGUCUGGCAAGGGCUAUGGAAUGGGCGGCCGACACUCGCGCGCCUCCCACCACUCCUCUGGCUCUCGCCCUCAUUCGGUUAACAACUUUGACGACGCCCGAGGUUCCCAGGGACCCAACCUCCAGAACUUCUACGCCAAUCAGCGUCACCAGCCCUCGCGAGGCUCAAACGAGGCAGAACAGGUCAUGCAGGCGAAGAGAAGGAUGGCAGCUCAGCGGGAGCGAGAGCUUCGAAACCUGCACACUGAGCAGCAAUACCAGCGAACCGUCCUUUCCGAGUUGACCCUCCCGAGCAACAAGCACAUGUCUGAGGAGGAGACUCGGGACUUGAUCGCCCGCCAGCGCAGCGCCUUGUACGGCGAGGGACCGUUCGCUGAAAAGGCCGGAUAUGUUGAUGAGACUGGUAACGUCCGCCCUGGCGCCCCUGGUCCUAGCGGACCCUCCAGCAUUCGUGGACACUCGCCCCUGGCCUUUGAUAGCAUCGGCCGCGCCCCUCCUGCUGGUGAUGCUGGUACCCCAGGCUCUACUGGCGACGCCCACGGCCCUCCUGCCGAGCCGGCCUCUCGCCCUCAGAGCACAGCCAGCCCCCAGACCUCUGGACCCACGAACCGGGUCUUUGACAACGCGGUUGGACCCCAGAGCCGAACCAGCACCUCCAGCCCAACCGGCGGAUCCCCCUCGCGCGAUCUCGCCCCUGGAUCUAAGCCCAGCCAGUCUGGAGCCUCUGUUGCUCCCAUCGGCACCCGUCCCUCGGGCACACCCGCGACUACAGCUUCCUCCAAGCGGUCGACCACUCCCCUCGCCUCUCCUGGCGGCUGGGGCCGUGGCAACGGUGUCUGGGGUCAGUCUUCGGGCCUCGGUGCCCCGGCUAGUGUCUGGGGUUAG